CCAGGUGUCUAGGGGGAGUGGAGAGUGCGUGUGUUUGGGGGAAGGGGUGGUAUUUAAAGGGAAAAGCUGACAGAGCUGCUGAGUGAGAGAAAGAUUUCAGAGAGCCAAUAUUGCUGCACUCGCACAGAGAUGCACGCGGACACGGACACGGAUAUGGACACGGAUACGGACACAGCAGCCCUCUGUCCGUCAGGCGGUGGGACUUCCUCCCCAGUGAUCCCAGCACCAGAUGCCUCCGUGCUGAAUAAGCGGGACAAGCUACUGGCAGGGCUGGAGCGGGCUGGGCUGUCCCCAGCUGGGGGAGCGCCUCGGCGGAGGGGCAGCAUGCCCGUGCCCUACAAGCACCAGCUGAGAAGGGCCCAGGCCGUGGACGAGUUGGACUGGCCGCCCCAAGCCUUAUCUUCUGGCUCUUCUGACUCUCUGGGCUCAGGGGAGGCAGCGCCAGCUGGGAGGGGUGGUGUCUUCAAGGUGAUGCUCCUGGGUGAGAGUGGCGUGGGCAAAAGUGCCCUGGCAGGCGCUUUUGGAGGACUCCAAGAUGAUAAUGCCCAUGAACCUGAGAAUACAGAGGAUACAUAUGAAAGACAUAUUAUAGUGGAUAAAGAAGAGGUAACAUUGGUGGUAUAUGACAUCUGGGAGCAGGGAGAAGCAGGUAGCUGGCUCCGGGAACACUGCCUUCAGACUGGGGAUGCCUUCCUCAUUGUCUUCUCUGUCACUGACCGAAGAAGCUUCUCCAGAGUGCCUGAGACACUGCUUCGACUUCGGGCUGGUCGUCCCCAUCAUGACCUACCUAUCAUCUUAGUGGGCAACAAGAGUGAUCUUGCUUGGUCCAGGGAAGUAUCAUUAGAAGAAGGCCGCCACUUGGCCGGGAUGCUGAGCUGCAAGCACAUCGAGACCUCGGCCGCGCUGCACCACAACACGCGGGAGCUGUUCGAGGGCGCCGUGCGCCAGAUUCGCCUGCGCCGGAGCCGGGCGCGAGCUGCGGCUGCGGCCGAAGGCAACCCCGACGGCCCCGACGGCGCCGCGCAGCCGCAGCCGCAGCCCCCGCCGCCGCCAGCGCGCCGCGAGAGUCUCACCAAGAAGGCCAAGCGCUUCCUGGCCAGCCUGGUGCCCCGCCACGCCAAGUUCUUCAAGCAGCGCUCCAAAUCCUGCCACGACCUCUCCGUGCUCUAAGGGAGAGCCCGGCAGGAGUCGUUGCCGUGGUCACCGCGGUUGCCAUGGCCACCUCCCCUCCCUGCGCCCCUUCCGCCGGUUUCCGGAGAGGAGGCCCAUCUAGGAGGCCAAAAACUCCCAGGAUCCCACGGGUCUGACCGAGCCCAGAGAGCCUGGAGAGGCGGUCCUCGCCUGCCGGUGGGGGCAGUGACAGGUGCGGACGUCUCUGUCCGGGCCGCCCGCCUCGUUGAGGGCACCUUAAGGGCAGGGCCAUUGACCCGCGGGCCCGGGGAGGGAAGGAGAGCGAUUUGUGCGCAAUUAUCACUCCUUUUAUUAUCGAGAUUAACGUUUUGGGCCGCGCUGAGGGCAUUCUCCUUUAGGAGGCUCCUAGAAGCGAGGCUCGGAAAUGCUGCGUUGAAACUUACUGCAGGAUUUGCCGCCUUUGUCCUCUGUGCGACGAAGUCUUCGAGAGAUUCUUAAAGGCAACGUCCUGAAGGGCCCGCCCGGAGACUUUUUAACCAGACACAUUUCAGCCUCCCCUCCCCCCUUCAGUUGCACUUGGCUCGCCUCUCCUUUAAGAGGUCCUUAAAGGCAAAGGCCCGGACUUGCAAUAGUUGGCGACUCCUUUCAGGAUUUUCAGAUUUGCCUGCUGGAUUGGGGCACCUGCCCUUUAAGAUUCUUACAGGUAAGGACCGGCAGUGUACCCGUCCGCAGGCUCCCCGGGCUGACCCCUGGCCGUCGCUGCCCAGUGGUACUAGCCUUUGAAAUAAAGAAGCGUUUUUCUA